AUGGAGCCCAAGCCCAACACCGCGCUCGCCCGCAAGCGUAUCCUUUGCUCCUUGCCCAUCCAUCCGGAGCUGGAUCUGAUGCAUGAUCCCGGGCUUGUCUUUCUUCUUGGAUCAAUGGGGUUUGUCCGUGCUCUGAAAUUGUUUUCAUUUUCUAACCAUUCCAGUGCUGGUGCUAUAGAAGAGGCAGUAGACAACUUGACGAUUGAUGCUAGCACGAAGGCAAGCAACGGCAACUUGCCUGCUGCAAAAGACGUGAGUUCUUCGGAUGCAAUAUCAUGCAUUUCCUCGGCAGAUGCAGCUAGUACUGCUGCCAAGGAUGCUGAGAUGAACCAAGUAACUUAUAUGGGGGACCAAGGGAUGUGUUACUACGGGUACUAUUAUCCAGGCUCAUUUGGAGGAUGGGAUGAGAAUAGCUACUAUGCUGGAUCGAAUGGACUGGAGAUGCAACCGACAGUGGUUCAAGCUGAGAAUGGAUCUUAUUUGUGUUAUGUUCCGGGUUACGAAAAUGGAUAUACUGCUUAUAGUCCAGUCGUUCCUGGAAAUGGCGUGGAUGGUCAGUAUGUCAGCAAAGAGCCAUAUUACUCCGCUGUGGUUCCAGUGCAGGACCCUUCUACACCUGGCAUGUAUGCUCAACCAAUUGCUUACGGACCUGAGCUAGUCCCCGCAUACACAUGGGACCCUUAUGUUCUUCUGGAUGGGGUUCAGGGACAUCCUGUUGGUGUGCACCAAACGAACUACCCUACAAGAUCAAACUACCCUUCCAAUAAGCAUGCUGUUCCAUCUUCAAAAGCUUCACGCAGCACAAAGUAUGCAUCAGGUACCACCAAAGGAUCAUCAUCAGCUGUAGACACAGUGCCAACCUCCGCCAAUAACCAUCCAUCAUCAAAGUUUGCAAAUAAGGUAUCUGGUGCUUCCAUAACAAAAGGGCAUCUUCCGUCUAGCAAGUUUGUGGCGCAUACUAACCAAGGGAAAGGAAGCUUUUAUCAAAGUAAAGGCAUUAAUUUGAAUGAAAGUGGUAGAAACUGCAACGGGAAUGAGAAGCUGAAGGCCAGGAGCAAGCUAAAUGAAUUUGGUGACCGUGACGUAUCAGAUAAACCCAACGAUGACUCAAAAAACAGUUUGAGCCCAGGAGCAGAUCGUUUUGGCUUGUCGGGUGUACAAGAGGUUAACGAUGACAUACCUUCACUUGUUGCAGUAAGAAGAGAUUCAUAUAAUCUUCCUGAUUUUGUUACGAAGUAUGAGCAAGCUUUAUUCUUCGUGAUUAAAUCUUAUAGUGAAGAUGAUAUUCACAAGAGUAUCAAGUACAAUGUUUGGGCAAGUACUCCUAAUGGAAACAAAAGGCUUGACAAUGCCUAUAAAAUUGCACAAGAAAGAAUGGCAGGAAAAGGAACCAAAUGCCCUGUUUUCCUCUUCUUUUCUGUUAAUGCUAGUGGUCAGUUCUGUGGUGUGGCUGAGAUGCUUGGCCCAGUAGAUUUCAACAAGAGUAUGAACUUCUGGCAACAGGACAAGUGGAAUGGAUUCUUCCCAGUAAAAUGGCACAUUAUCAAGGAUGUGCCUAAUCCUCAAUUUCGACACAUAAUAUUGGAGAAUAAUGAGAACAAGCCUGUUACAAACAGCAGGGACACUCAAGAGGUCAAGUUCCUACAAGGUGCAGAGAUGCUGAACAUUUUCAAGAACUUUUCAUGCAAAACGUCAAUAUUGGAUGACUUUGACUUCUAUGAGAAUAGGCAGAAAGUAAUGCAGGACAGAAGAGGCAAGCCGCUUACUACAUCAUUGGAUCACCUCACGCCGAAGGAUGAGAAACCGUCAGAGUCUGAAAAGCAAGCUCAAUCUGCAUGUAACGUAGAGCAUCAUAAUGCCAAGAGAAACGAGGAGCAGAGCAACGAUGUUACAACAGAUGUUGAUACAGCCAAGACAAGUCAGAAGCAGAUCAAUGUGGAUCCGGCAGAUGUUGAUACAGCCAAGACAGGUCAGAAGCAGAGCAACGUGGAUGCGGCAGAUCUUGAUACAACCAAGACAAGUGAGCAGAGCAAAGUGGUUGCAGCAGAUGUUGAUACAGCCAAGACAAGUGAGGGGAGCAAUGGUGUUGCAGCAGAUCUUGAUGCAUCAAACAGAAGCGAGGAACAGAGCAACAAGGUCACCGCCGCGAUGCUUGAUGAUACAGGCAAGAGAAGCGAGGAGCAGACGAGCAGCGUCGCCGCGGCAGGCUGA